AUGUUGAAAAGGGAGAGCCAUUUUGGUAAAAUUCUUUUCUUCUUUUUCCUUUCUAUCUUCAAUUGUGUUAAUGGUGCCCACUUUGUGCUCAUUCAUGGUGGCAGCCACGGUGCAUGGUGCUGGUAUAAGGUGGCAACUAUGCUAAAAUCUGCAGGUCAUAAUGUUACAGCCCAUGACUUGGGUGCUUCAGGUAUCAACCCAAAACAAGUGCAAGAGAUUCAUUCAAUUUCAGAAUACUAUGAACCUUUGAUGACAUUUAUGGGAUCUCUUCCCCCAAAAGAGAAGGUGAUUCUUGUGGGUCAUAGUCUUGGUGGGAUUCCAAUGUCUGUUGCUAUGGAGAAGUUCCCUGAGAAAAUUACAGUAGCAGUUUUUGUUACUGCAUUUGUCAUUAGUGAAAACCUCACAUACCCUGCUCUACUUCAAGAGCUAGCUAAAACGGCAGGUUCCUCAAUGGAUACCCAAUUUUUCUUCUUUGAUGGGCCUAAGAAACCUGCAACUGCUAGAUUGGUUGGACCCAAAUUCAUGGCAUCGAAGAUGUAUCAAUUAUCGCCACCUGAGGAUUUGACCCUUGCAUUGUCCUUGGUGAGACCUGUACCUAUUUAUAAUGAUGUUGAACUGUUGUCGAAAGAAACAAAGGUUACCAACAAAAGAAAUGGUAGGGUUCCUAAAGUUUAUAUCAUCAGCAAAAGAGACAAUUUGUUGACAGAAGACAUACAAAUGUGGAUGAUUGAGAGAACUGGUCCAUUUGCUGAGCUGAAAGUGAUAAAAGAUUCUGAUCACAUGGUCGUGUUUUCCCAGCCCAAGAAACUUAGCUCUCAUCUUCUAAAUAUUGCACACAAAUAUUAA